CAGACAGAGAGAGAGACAGAGAGAGAGACAGAGAGAGAGAGAAGAUCAUUAACAACAUCAAUUACGCGUGUUUUUGUCACGGAGGAGAACUCAACACUUUUACUUUUACUGCUGCUGCUGCUGCUGCUUCUUUACCCUGAGGAUCUCAGCAGGCCGUCAGUGGGAUUAAAGACAGCCGGCAGAGGACUCUGGUCUCGCGGGCAAACAUGUCAGACAACUCCGGUUGCGAGUUUGAAAUCGACGUGGAGAGCCUGACGGAGAGCGACGACCCUGCGGCGGACUCCUGUAGCCGCCCCGGCUCGGCACCGCUCGGCGCCGGCGCCGCAGCCUCGGAGGACGACGGCGACGACAGGAAGGGCGACGACAAACCGGCUCCCAGCGGCCUGGGUCCCGGCGACCAGAGGAAGCUGAGCCGGACACCGAAGUGCGCCCGCUGCCGCAAUCACGGCGUGGUGUCGUGUCUGAAGGGACACAAGCGCUUCUGCCGCUGGAGGGACUGUCAGUGCGCAAACUGCCUGCUGGUGGUGGAGAGACAGCGGGUGAUGGCCGCGCAGGUGGCGCUGAGGAGGCAGCAAGCCACGGAGGAUAAGAAAGGCAUAUCUGGGAAACAAAUCCCAGCAGAGAGGAGGACAAUAUAUCAGAGACACAUUCGACCGUCCACCAUGCUCGCUAAAAGCAUCCUGGAAGGAUAUCGUCCCGUGCAGUCUGAUCCUUUCCUGGCCGCUAACCCAACUCUCCCCCCACCGCUGAGCGACCGCAUGAGGAAGAGACGAGCCUUCGCCGACAAGGAGCUGGAAACCAUCAUGCUCGAGCGGGAGUACAAAGAACGAGAGCUGAUGGAGAACAGCCAAACGGCCACAGCCUCGCUCCUCUUCCCAAACAGCAUGGUCCACCACGCCACCGAGUACAACUCCUACAAGACGACGUACUCGCCGGAGCCACAGCCCAAAGAGCUCUGCAACUUCAUCGGCCCGAACUGCCUGGAUCUCUCCAUGCAGUAUCCCACCGGCUCGGCCAAUGUCGAGCUCAUCUCCUCCAACGUCAGCGUGGCCACCACCUACCGCCACUACCCGCUGCAGCCGUCGCGAGGCGGCCUCAUGAUGUGGCCUCGCAGUGCGGCCAACCUGGGCGACACCCUGCUCUAUCAGCAGUGCCUGUUCAAUGCCACAGCGAUGCAGAACAUGAAGCCGGGAGCUGUGUGGGAGCCCAAGGUGAUGCCCGCAGAGAGCCAGCUGCCCGAGCAGGAGGCUGCUGCUGCUGCUGCUCUCGCCGCUAAACUGGAAGGAUCACGAGCUGCUGCACUGCAGCAGGACUCAUCCAGCGCUCCGCAGCCUGAUCCCAGACCUUCUGUUGUCACCCACGGAGGGCAGAGGGAGUGUUCCGCUUUCUCUCCCCCUAAGAGGAGCUUUGGACAAUCCUUCCCAGACAACACCGCUUCGCCAAACUCUGUCCACGUUUUGAACAAGCUGAGCAAGGACGGCGCUAAGCUUUCCGUGAAACUCAACUCCUUCCAGUCCCUCAUACAGCACUCGCUGAACGAGAAAAGCGGCGGCGCGGCCGGGGCGGAGGUCAGGCCUCCCUACUGUAAAGAACUGUUAGAGGAGGCAGCCCGCAAGUUCAGGGAGGGCUCCACCAAGGACAUGCAGGCUGUGAAAAUCACUGACAGGUACGCCAAAGACUUUCUUUCCAAGCCUGUGAGUACCAAGAUGGCAUCCGGCGAGUCUUUGUCCUUCUCUGUGGAAGCCAUACUGAAAAGACCCACGCCUGCCAUGAGUCGAGCAUUCCACUGAUUUCAGUGUCUUUCCUUGCACUAAGAACAGGUUUGUCUCAGUGAGUAGACGUCAGUGUCGACACUUAAAGACUUAAAGACACUAAGGCACUGCACCAGAAAACAGACAAGCUGGGAAUAAUU